UGUGAGAAACUGACCCAGCUCAACAUUGACAUCUCGAACAUUAAAGCUAUUGGUGUGACCAAUCAGAGGGAAACCACCCUUGUUUGGGACAAGGAAACAGGAGAACCACUUUAUAAUGCUAUAGUUUGGCUUGAUCUGCGGACCCAAUCAACAGUAGAAAGGCUCAUCAACAAAACUCCAGGCAAAAACAAAAACCAUCUCAAGCACAAGACUGGCCUACCCAUCAGCACAUACUUCAGCGCAGUGAAGUUACGCUGGCUGAUGGAUAAUGUUGAAAAGGUCCAUGAAGCUGUGCUCUCUCACAGGGCCAUGUUUGGAACAGUGGACUCCUGGCUUAUCUGGUGCCUGACGGGGGGGAAGAAGGGAGGUGUUCAUUGCACAGAUGUAACCAAUGCCAGCCGGACAAUGCUCUUCAAUAUUCACACAAUGGACUGGGAUCCAGAGCUCUGCAAAUAUUUUGAUAUACCAAUGGAAAUCCUGCCAAAAGUGAGAAGUUCUUCAGAGAUUUAUGGUUUAAUGAAAAUCAGCUCUAAUCUGAAAUCUGGCCCUUUAACUGGUGUCCCCAUAUCAGGGUGUCUUGGUGACCAGUCUGCUGCGCUGGUGGGACAGAUGUGUUUCAAGGACGGACAGGCCAAAAAUACUUAUGGGACUGGUUGUUUCCUGCUUAAAAACGUAGGAACAAAGCCUGUAAUGUCGGACCAUGGACUCCUGACAACGGUCGCAUAUAAACUAGGGCGUGACAAGCCAGCCUGCUAUGCACUAGAGGGUUCAGUUGCCAUUGCAGGAGCUGUUGUGCGUUGGCUAAAGGAUAAUCUCGGAAUUAUCCAAACCUCUACAGAACUAGGUCGGUAA